CUCAUAUUGUCUGAACUUGAGCCAGCUACAUUAGCUAAUACAGUUGUUCUAGUCCUGACUUGCUUUAGCUUCUCCAGAUCCAAAGGAAACCAGUGAGACCAAUAUGAAAAUGGAUACAAUGGAAUUUGAUGAUUACUCCAACAUUGCUUAUCAGGGAGGAAAGAAGCAACCAUCUCGGUGUGUAGCUCUGUGUCUUGGACUACUUUGUGCUCUUCUGUUGACUACCAACAUUUUACAGAUCAUCUACAUUACUCAGGCCUGCCAUCCCAUGUCAGCAGACCCAACUCAGGUCAACUACGAACAGGACCAGCUGGACAGAGGCUGUGAGUCCAGACUCGGUAACCUGUCAACAGGAAAAGAGGCACUGAAGAAACUUGGAGAGAUACAGACUCAGUACUUUAAUCUGACAUCACAAAACCGGGAGUUAGUCCAGCAGGUCAGGGAGUUGGUGGAGAUCAUUGAUAAGGAGAGAAAAAGCAAACCUUGUCCGACAGACUGGAUGAAGUUUGGUACAGGCUGUUACUCUGUUUUGAGUGUGAAGAAAAACUGGACUUCAAGUAGACGAGACUGCCUCAACCAGGGAGCUGAUCUGACCAUCAUAAACAGCAGCCAGGAACAGAUGUUCGUCAACACGCUGCUGCAAACUGGCGUGCAUGCCUGGAUCGGUCUGACUGACAGUCUUACAGAGGGCACUUGGACGUGGGUGGAUGGGAGCCUGGUCACAGUGACAUACUGGCUUGAAGGGCAACCCAACAGCCACGGAGGGAACCAGGAUUGUGGAGAAAUAGUGCAGUCCAGAGAAGUGGGAGCGUGGAACGAUGAAAACUGUUUGAGUGAACAUGUCGGGAUCUGUGAAAAAUAAGAUUGUUGUAAUUCUCAGUUAAUUAUUCUGUGAACACUUAAUUGCUGUUUUUAAUUUUAUUCAACCUUAUUGAGAACAUGUGCAAAACUCAAAAGUCAUGGCAGCACCUCAAAGUCUGAUGUCCUGCCAGGGCUCAGAAUGUGAUUCUUCAUUAGAAGUCACUUGGACCCAUUUUGUAAAACCAUUAGAGUCCAUAAUUAUUAUUUCUUUUUUAUUUCUUUUUUUCAAAAGGGGUAUUUUUUAAUGAUUUCCACUUUUUUAGGCUGAAUCUCUCCUUCUGAGUGACUCAAACCCACGUUGUAUAGAUGUAGGAAAGUCCUUCUAAAAAGACACACCUAUAUCUUUUGCACAUAACUGAAUGGCACUGGCAGUGACUGCCAAAUUUUGAUGCCUUGCCAUUAAACAGGAAGUGUACUUUUAUUAAAACAUUCAGGGCCCAAACUGCCUCAAAGUGUACUUGCUUGAUUAAAGAUGACUUCAGAAAAUAUCUAAAUGCAAUCAUUUGUCAUGGCCUUCUUUCCUGUAAUCUAUGCUCGUUUUCAUCCCCUGUGUUUGUGUCCUAGUGUUCUUCCUGCUCUUGUGUUUUUCUCCACAGUGAUUGCACUCAUUGGCCUUCAUUUAUCACACUGGCGUAAAAACCAGCGUAGAUUUGGGUAUCUGUUUGUUCAUUUAUUUCUCAUGUUUCAUGUCUUGCAUUUCCUGUUUUAUUUUGAAGAUCACUUACCCCUGUCUCUGUUUCAGGAUGGUGUCCUGUCCCUUCCCCCCAUCAUGUGCGCACCUGCUCCUGAUUGUGCCUUCCCUCACCUGUGUCCAAUCACUCCCCCUUACCUCGUGUAUUUUACCUCUUGUCUCACUCUGUCUGUCCAGUUCGUUGAACAUUAUUGUCACGUUCCAGCAUUUCUACUUAGUUUCAUAGUCUCGUAAUUCUGACCCUGUUAACGUUUUUGACCCCGCCUUUUGCCUCACGUCUUGGAUACCACUGCCUUGUCUGACGGCCAACCUGUGUACCGAACCCUGAUUGUGAUUAAA